AUAAAAACGAAAUAAUAUAAACCAAACAAGCCCUAAAGGCAGGGUCGUUAAACGGGGUCAUGUCUUGGUCGCGUUGGGUAUUCGUUCGUCUCCACGACUGUCAAUUUUGCCGCCACUACCACUGAAGAGAGAGAGAGAGAGAGAGAGAUGUUGGAAGCAAAGAGUCUGAGGAAGGCGAUGGUCCCUUGUUCACUGCUCGAACAUCCCUCUCCCGGAAGCGUUCAGUCUACUCGGCUCACCCUCCAUGUUAAUGCCGACCAUUCUUCGUGCUGGGUCUACAUCGCUUCUGGUUGCCGCAUUUACAAACUCCAGAUAUCAAUGCAAGAUUCUUUGGUCAAUCAAGGAAAAGAAAGCCUCUUGAUUCCUGAGCAAACACAGGUUAUGAGCUCUUCAAUAGUUAAUCGCUGCCCUCAUCGGUCAGAAAUUCAGAGCAUAGCACUUGCUGAAACAGAGAGCAGUGGUUACUUGAUUUUGGGAAGUGUGGACUCUUAUGGUCACCUUAUUGUUUCUAAGCUGGAUACUAGUGAUGUUGAUAGGCUUACAUUUUCAGUAUCACCUCGAGAUUGUGGUGUUGGAGAGGGUGGUUGGGCAGGGCUUUGCUUCAGUCCAAAUCAAUGGUCCAUGACAGCUGUUGCACACAGCUUCUGCAGAAGCAUUGAUGUAUAUGACCAAGAUAUUCACCUCCAGACUCUACGUACAUUAUGGUAUCCAUCUUCAUUAAGCUUUAUGCAGAGUUUGUGUAGUGGAAAUGAUAGUUCUAUAUUAGCCGUCACAGAAGGCUGCCAGCUUUCCAUAUGGGACUUGAGAAUGAAAGAAAAUGGUGGUUGUGUGCAUAGGAUAUAUGGUUCUGUUGGAGAUAUCUUCUAUGCAGUCUGUAGUUCUUCAACUAGUAUUGCAGUGGGAGGAGCUGAUCGUACUGUUACCGUCUACGAUCCUCGCAGGUGGUCAGCACUAUCGAGAUGGGUGCACUGCUCAAAAUAUGAGAUAACUGGACUUGCUUUCGCAUCAAUUGACUCUGAUUAUAUCUAUAUACAAGGAGUUGAUUAUGAGGUUUUGUGUGGACAAUGGAAAGAAAGCAAGAAAGUCUUCUCAUUUAGGGGAGAUUCAAACUGGCUUGGAUUUAGCAAGUGCGCCAACAAGGAUGUUUUGGGUGGAUGGUGUGAUUCAGGCAGCAUCUUUGUUGCUGACAUUGCCAAGGAAAAUAAAUUGCAGACCGCGGAUGAUUUCUGUAAUGAAGUUAUCUGUUGAUGCUUCAAUUGGCUACUUUUUUCUCUAGUUUGCUGUACUCUUGGUGAGCAUUUCAUUUUUUAUUUUUAUUUUUUAUCAUCAAUUACACAACUAUCGACCUAUUAAAAUAGAUUUUUGUGAUCAGCAUCAUUUGUGGGAUUUAACAAUCCUAUUCUGGAAUAUAGGUAUUGGAGAAUCCAAGAUUGAUACUUUUUCUGAUCUUUUGAUUAA